GUGGAUGUCAUGAGCAGAAUAUCCCCCCUCGCAGUUCACUCAACCUGAGGCUUUGUGACUCGGAUCUUGCAAGCUGCAUUGACGCUGCCCCCACCCCCCAGCCGCCCAUGGAGUCUUCUGGAGGAAGGAGGCAGGAGGCAGCGGGAUUCAGGGGGAGAAGGGCUCGCAGACCCCAGGAACAGGAUGCAGAUGUGCGGUUAUCCAAAGCUCUGUCUUAUGCCCUGCGCCAUGGGGCUCUGAAGCUGGGCCUUCCCAUGGGUGCAGAUGGCUUCGUGCCCCUCCGUGCCAUCCUACAGCUGCCCCAGUUCCGCAGCUUCUCUGAGGAAGAUGUGCAGCGUGUGGUGGACACAAAUGAGAAGCAGCGGUUUGCCCUGCAGCCAGGGGACCCCAAAACUGGCCCCCUCAUACGGGCCAAUCAGGGUCACUCCCUGCAGGUACCUGAGCUGGAGCUGACACCUCUGGAGACCCCAGAAGCCCUGCCCCUGAGGCUUGUGCAUGGGACAUUCUUGCGCCACUGGGCCUCCAUUGUGCACAGUGGCCUGUCCUGCCGUGGGCGAACUCACAUCCAUCUAGCCCCGGGCCUGCCUGGGGACCCUGAGGUCAUCAGCGGCCUGCGACCCAAUUGCGAAGUGGCUGUGUUCAUUGACGGGCCACUGGCCCUGGCAGAUGGAAUUCCCUUUUUCCGCUCGGCCAACGGCGUGAUCCUGACGCCAGGCAAUGCCGAGGGCCUCCUGGCUCCCAAGUACUUCAAGGAGGCCUUGCAGCUCCGUCCGACCCGAAAGCCCCUCUCCUUGACGGCUGAAGUAGAGACAGAGGGGUGGAAUGGCCCCCAGCACCGAUCCAGAGGAAGAACAACCCCCCCAGUAAAAGAUUUAUUUGAAAGAUAAAAGUAAAACAUUAAUACAAGAGAAA